UGCGCCUGCGCGGGUGGCGCGCCGGGCGGUGCGGGCACUCGGCGCUCGGCUGAUCGCGCCUGCCGCACAAUGAAUGGCCGCUGAGCGCGGCGGGGACGGGGACGGCACCGGCGGCGGCACCGGGAGCGGCCGGAGCCGCAGCGCAGCCCCCCCCCGGCCUCCGGCCCCCGUCGGCUCCCGCCAUGGCUCAGACGCUGCAGAUGGAGAUCCCCAACUUCGGGAACAGCAUCCUGGAGUGCCUGAACGAGCAGCGGCUGCAGGGGCUGUACUGCGACGUCUCGGUGGUGGUGAAGGGCCACGCGUUCAAGGCGCACCGGGCCGUGCUGGCCGCCAGCAGCUCCUACUUCCGAGACCUUUUCAACAGCAGCAAGAGCGCGGUGGUGGAGCUGCCGGCCGCCGUGCAGCCCCAGUCCUUCCAGCAGAUCCUCAGCUUCUGCUACACGGGGCGGCUGAGCAUGAACAUGGGCGACCAGUUCCUGCUGAUGUACACGGCCGGCUUCCUGCAGAUCCAGGAGAUCAUGGAGAAGGGGACUGAGUUCUUCCUCAAGGUCAGCUCGCCCAGCUGCGACUCGCAGGGGCUGCACGGCGAGGAGGCGCCUUCCUCCGAGCCCCAGAGCCCCGUGGCCCAGACCUCGGGGUGGCCCUCGGGCGCCGCCGCCUUGCCCCUGGUCUCGCGGGUGAAGACGGAGCAGGGCGAGCCCGACGGGGUGCAGUGCACCUUCGUGGUCAAGCGCCUCUGGGACGGCGGCCCAAGGACGGCGGCCGGCGGCAACGGCAGCCGCAAGAUGGCCAAAUUCUCCGCCCCCGAGCCGGGCCGCCAGCCGCAGCCCCCCGCCGCGGCGGCCACGGCGGCGGCCCCCGGCCCCAGCUCGGCCGACCAGACCAGCCCGGGCGGCACCUCCAGCGCCUACACGAGCGACAGCCCCGGCUCCUUCCACAACGAGGAGGACGAGGAGGAGGACGGGGGCGAGGAAGGCUCGGACGAGCAGUACCGCCAGAUCUGCAACAUGUACACCAUGUACAGCAUGAUGAACGUGGGGCAGGCAGCCGCGGAGAAGGUGGAGGCGCUGCCGGACCAGCCACCUCGGAGUCGCGCAACCGGGGUGCGUGUGCGGCAGGACCUGGCCUCGCUGCCGGCCGAGCUCAUCAACCAGAUCGGGAACCGCUGCCACCCCAAGCUCUACGACGAGGGGGACCCCGCCGAGAAGCUGGAGCUCGUCACGGGCACCAACGUCUACAUCACGCGGGCGCAGCUGAUGAACUGCCACGUCAGCGCGGGGACGCGGCACAAAGUCCUGCUGCGGCGGCUCCUGGCGUCCUUCUUCGACCGUAACACCCUGGCCAACAGCUGCGGCACCGGCAUCCGCUCCUCCACCAAUGACCCCAGUCGGAAGCCGCUGGACAGCCGGGUCCUGCACGCCGUCAAGUUUUACUGCCAGAACUUCGCCCCCAACUUCAAGGAGAGCGAGAUGAACGCCAUCGCCGCCGACAUGUGCACCAACGCCCGGCGCGUGGUGCGCAAGAGCUGGAUGCCGAAGCUGAAGCUGAAGCUGCUGAUGGCCGAGGGCGACUCCUACACCUCCUUCAUCAACGACGCCGGCAAGCUGGAGCCCGACAUCAUGGGCCCCGAGCCCCCCUUCGAGCCCGGCGGCCACGAGGGCGAGGCGGGCGCCCCCCGGGGAGGGCCUGCAGUGACCCCCCCCGCCCCCCUCCUGGGACCCCCAUCCCGGGUAGGGACGCCCUGCGGCCGGGUCGGGACCCCCCGCCGGUGGAGGGACCCCCGCGGGGCGGGCACCCCGCCCUGGGUAGAGCCCUGUGACGGUGUAGGGACCCCUGUGGGUGUAGAGACCCCCCCCCAGGCGGGCACCCCCUCGGGGCAGGGCUCCCCUGGGGGUUAGUCGUCCCCCCCCAAGGGGCAGGGACCCACCCGGGGAGGGCCCCCGUGCCGCUAUGGGACCCCCGGGCGUGGGGUCCGGUCCCCUCCCCGUGGGAUUUGGGGCUUGGGGGGGGCGGCAACGGCUCGGUUCGGCCCGGCCGCCCCCCCCUCAGCAGUUUUGGGGGUCCCGGGGUGCUGCUCGGGCACGAGUUGACGAGGUCCCGUGUCCCCUCCCCGGGGCCCAGCGUCUCUCCUGGCCCCCCCCCGGGUGCCCCGUGUCGCCUCUGGGGGCCCCCACGUCCUCCCCCAGGUCCCCUCCCCAGGGACGACGUUUCUCCAGGCACCCGCGUGGGUCCCCCGUGUCCCCCCCGCCGGGGUCACUGUCUCUGCAGGCAACCGCAUGUGUCCCCCCCGUGUCCCAUGUCCCCCCCCACGGGGGACCGGCAUCUCUCUGGGCAACCCCAUGCGUUCGCCUCGGUCCCCCCUGUCCCGGCGUCCCCCCCCAGGCGCCUGCAUGUGUCCCCCAGGUCCCCCGUGUUCCCCCCCCCCCCCCCCGGGGCCAGAGUCUCUCCAGGUGAUCACGUGUGUGUCCCGUCCCCCCCCCCAGGUCCCCACGUCUCUCCGGGUCCCCCCUGUCCCCUCCCCGGGGGUGGCAUCUCUCCAGGUGUCUGCGUUUGUCCCCAGGCGAUGGCACGUGUGUGUCCCCCCCCCAACCCUGCGUUGCCCGGGUGCCCCCCUUGUCCCCAGCUCCUCCCACCCCGGCAGAAAGGGGGGUGUCACCAGUCUGUGCCCCCCCUCGGCUGGAGGGGGACGUGUGUGUGGCCCCCCCAUGGGGAUGGGACCCCCCUGAUGGGGACGAGACCCCCUUGCGGGGUUAAAGGCUGCUGCUCCUCGUUAGCCCCCUCCUUCGUUAGCCCCCCCCGGGGGGUCUGUCAGCGCGGGGGUGGGGGGACACGGGGACACCCUGGGAGUGGCCGGGCAGGGGUGAUCUGGGGAGGGGGGGCGCAGGUGGGAGUCCCCACCUCUGCAGGGGGGGUCCGGGAUGGGGUGGGGGGGACAGGGGGCCCCCCCCAG